CUCUCUAUCUCUCUCACUAUGUGUCUGUAGUGACUCUGCUUCUAUAUUUAACCUGCAGGCCUGCUCUCUCUCUCUCUCUCUCUCUCACACACAUACUCGACAUAAAGGAGGCAGCUGAGAGACGACGAGCAGGAUGGAGGAGCAGGCGACAUCCCGGCGAUCUGUGGCUGAGCUUGCAGGAAAAUUCAAAGGCUCGGCUCAUCCACACGAUGCUGCUGGGAAUGAAACACAGGAGAAGCCUGUCAGACGACGACCCCCUCGCUCUCUUCAACUCACCAAACCCCACGGAGACGACCAGGAGCAGCCUCCAGGUGUCACCUCUCCUCUACCUGCUAAAGCCAAGAGGAACUCUGCUCUGAUUGAGAAGCUCCAGGCCAACUUGGCUCUCUCUCCUACGACCAUGCUGCCCUCUCCAAAGAGUCCUGGCUUCAGGCUGCUGCCUCCCGCCUUCACGCCAACCCCCCCUGGUCCUGAUCCAGUGUCCACAGUAACCACCUCGUCCACUGUGACCCCCACCAGCCCCGUCACCGCCGUCACUCCGUCAACUGAGGAAGAAGGACCCUCCUCCUUUGAAACCCCUCCCACUGCGGCAGAAGGAUCCAUCCUGUCAAACAGCAGCAUCAAGGGAAGAGCUCGCCACUCACUACGGCGGCGUCCUCCUUCCCGCCGCAACAGGAAGUCGAGCAGUGGAGACGAAGUUGGCGCUGCCAUCGAGGGAGUAGAUGCAUCUCUGAGCUCCCCAACUGAUCCAGAGGAAAAAACGACAGGAGAAGGAGGCGAGAAGGAGGCAGGAGAAGAGGUUUGCAAGAAGGAAAGUGAAAUAGACGAGUCGGAGGACAAAACUUUAACGUGUCCUGAGAAAAACGAAUCCCACCAGGAAGAUGAGUCAAAGAUCAGUGUUGAGAACAGAGAAGAAGAUGAGGAGAAGAAGGAGGGAUCUGUGGGAGGAGAUGAAGGAGAUAGAGCUACAUCAGGAAGAAAGGAGGAGGAGGAGGAGAAGGAGAAAAACGCUGAAAAGCAGAAAGAAGAUUUGACUGAAGGAGCGACAAACACAGACAGCAAAGAAGAAGAAAAUACUGAGGAGACGACUAGUUAGAGUUCAGCCUGAUGAUCAAUGAGAUGUCCGGCCGAGUCGGAGCCCUGCAGCCAUCAUGAGCCCCUGGGGGGCUGGGAGGGAGACCCUGCAGCAGAGAGGCCUGGAGGGAAAGGCCCGUCUGAAAGUCUGGACAACAUGCAGACAAAUAUUUAUUAAACUUUGUCAAAGCGGUGUGUUUUAUCCGAUUUGGUGGAGAUGAAGUGAGAAAACCAUCUUAUAUCUCAUGAGUUUAACUUGUAAAGAGUCUCUGAUGUAAAUUAGGAAGUUAACUGAAGGUCCAGCAUUAAUUCAGUAUGAAAUGCAGCUUGACAAGAAAACUCCUGGAAACGAUUGAUGUGAAUUUGUUUUUGCUAAUCCUCAAUUUGAAGCCUUUUUACACUGCAUUGCCUUUUUUUUAUAAUGUGAAUUUGAUUGUUUUCACUCUUAUGUUCAGUGCCUCCAGAUUUGUGACUGAUGAUGAUGAUGAUGAUGAUGAUAAUGAUGAUGAUGAGUGAUUUGUCUGUACGUCUAUUCUGAGUUGUGCAACAUUAUGUAUUGUCAAAAUAUCAUGCUUGUCUUGAAAUUAUUUUGCUUGUGGGUUCACUCAGUCACCACUGUCAGAGGGAAACCCUGAAUCCUUAUUCCAAACUUUCAUAGAAUACUACGUUUUAACAACCAGCCAUGUUUUAUAACUGUACGAAGAUACAGCAGGUACAGAAACUCUAAAUUCUGUAGUAAAGUUUUUAAGGAAUUAAAAUUCAUAUUUUUCGCUACA